AACUGCACAUCACUACCCUACAGUAACCUGCCCCGUCACUUCCAUAAACGACCAUCAGUUAUGAGGUUAGGCUACUCUGCUGCAUCCCACACCGCUGUCAAAAUGCGUGUUUUGUGGGGUGGAUUUAUCAUCCAUUUCAUUGCAAUUUAGAACAAUGGUCCGGCAUCCUUUUGCUAGGUAGAAGCAAGCUAGUAGGUUAUGAGUCAGAGAGCUAUCCGUUUGAACAAAAUGAUUAAACAUGGCAUUCGACAGAAUUUGCUAUGCCUUAGCACCAUCACAAACCAGUUGAGUGCUGAACACAUUUGAAUGACAGUUUAACCAAGCCAAAGGUGAGUUCUGUUAAACAUUGACUGACACAUUUACCACCAUCACACUGAGACCGUCACACCACUGUCAUGCCAUGGACUUGCAAGAAGUGAAAUGUCUGGUGCAAUUCAAAUGGAUAAACACAGGCUGAAGAAAAUAACUUUUCUAGGAUAAAUAGUAGUGGGCUUAGGCGGCCAUGGACCUGUUCAGCCAGCUCAUCCUGGUCAUCUCGGUCACCAGUUUCCUCUCCUUCCAGUGGCUCUUCCACUGGGUCAGUCCAUGGGUCUCCACCCGUGUCAGCCCUGGCUUCUUACGCCUUGCAGACAAGCAGAAGGUGGAGUGGAACUCAAGGACAGUGUCCACGCUACAUGCCCUGGUGGUGGGACUCUUCUGCCUCUACAUCCUGCGCUUUGAUGACGCCAUCAAUGAAGACCCCGUCUGGGGAGAUCCCACACUUGUGAAGAUAAAUGUUGGCGUGACAACAGGCUACCUCAUAUCUGAUCUGCUGCUAAUAUUUUACUAUUGGAAGGCGAUAGGCGACAAGUUUUUUGUCGUGCACCACCUGGCAGCGUUAUAUGCUUACUACUAUGUACUGGGACAAGGAAUGUUGCCUUAUUUUGCUAACUUCCGUCUGCUUGCAGAGUUCUCCACGCCGUGUGUCAACCAGCGCUGGUUCUUUGAAGUGUUAGGUUACUCCAAGUCCUCCAGGCCCAACAUCGCUAAUGGGAUGGCCAUGGCCGUUGUCUUCUUCCUGGUUCGCAUUGCCGUCAUGCCUCUCUACUACAGCCGCAUGUGGUCCGUGUAUGGCACCGAAGCUUUCUACCGCGUCCCACCGGGAGGCCGCACUGCCUGGAUCAUCUCCAGCAUUUGUCUGGAUGUCAUGAACGUCAUGUGGAUGCACAAGAUCGCCCGUGGCUGCUACAAGGUCAUGCGCUCGGCCCGACGACACAAAGUGGGGACACAGGAGAACGGAAAGUCUGACUAAAAAGCAAGAGGAUGGUUGAUGUUAUGGGUAGGGAGAGCCCAUUGAACCACUGUCCCCUUUUAGUGCACAAUUGGAUUAGUAACUUUACCUGACUGGGACAACUGUUUCAGUGUCAACUAACUUACAAAAAGCUAAGUCUUGCACUUACUGAACUUUAUGGUAGUGGACGCAGGACAUUGAUGUGGACAAAGGGGCAAUAUCUUGGGCAGUGAUGUGUAUAACUGCCUCUUAGCAAUACUUCCUGUGCAUGGCAAAUUUACUUUUCUGUUGCAUUUUCUCACAAAGCAGCAUGUCUGGGAUGAUGUCCGUUUUUCCCAAACGCUUCACCAAGUCAAACGUUUACUGCUUGUUCUAGACCAUAGACACAAAUGUGUGAAUGGUCCUGUGCUCCCCAAAACAACUUGAAACACCUCCCUUUCAUUUGGCUUUUUAUAUACAUUUGAAGUCGGAAGUUUACAUACACCUUAGCCAAAUACAUUUAAACUCAGCUUUUCACAAUUCCUGACAUUUAAUCCUAGUAAAAGUUCCCCGUCUUAGAUCAGUUAGAAUCACCACUUUAUUGUGAGAAUGUGAAAUGUCAGAAUAAUAGUAGAAUGAUUUAUUUCGGCUUUUAUUUCUUUCAUCACAUUCCCAGUGGGUCAGAAGUUUACAUACACUCAAUUAGUAUUUGGUAGCAUUGCCUUUAAAUUGUUUAACUUGGGUCAAAUGUUUUGGGUAGCCUUCCACAAGCUUCCCACAAUAAGUUGGGUGGAUUUUGGCCCGUUCCUCCUGACAGAGCUGGUGUAACUGAGUCAGGUUUGUAGGCCUCCUUGCUCGCACACGCUUUUUCAGUUCUGCCCACAAAUAUUCUAUAGAAUUUAGGUCAGGGCCUUGUGAUGGCCACUCCAAUACCUUGACUUUGUAGUCCUUAAGCCAUUUUGCCACAACUUUGGAAGUAUGCUUGGGGUCAUUGUCCAUUUGGAAGACCAAUUUGCGACCAAGCUUUAAGUUCCUGACUGAUGUCUUCAGAUGUUGCUUCAAUAUAUCCACAUCAUUUUCCUCCCCCAUGAUGCCAUCUAUAUUGUGAAGUGCACCCAGUCCCUCCUGCAGCAAAGCACCCCCACAACAGGAUGCUGCCACCCCUGUGCUUCACGGUUGGGAUGGUGUUCUUCGGCUUGCAAGCAUCCCCCUUUUUCCUCCAAACAUAAUGAUGGUCAUUAUAGCCAAGCAGUUCUGUUUUUGUUUCAUUGGACCAGAGGACAUUUCUCCAAAAAGUACAAUCUUCGUCCCCAUGUGCAGUUGCAAACCGUAGUCUGGCUUUUUUAUGGCGGUUUUGGAGCAGUGGCUUCUUCCUUGCUGAGCGGCCUUUCAGGUUAUGUCCAUAUAGGACUCGUUUUACUGUGGAUAUAGAUACUUUUGUACCUGUUUCUUCCAGCAUCUUCACAAGGUCCUUUGCUGUUGUUCUGAGAUUGAUUUACACUUUUUGCACCAAAGUACGUUAAUCUCUAGGAGACAAAACGCAUCUCCUUCCUGAGCGGCAUGACGGCUGCGUGGUCCCAUGAUGUUUAUACUUGCGUACUUUUGUUUGUACAGAUGAACGUGGUACCUUCAGGCGUUUAGAAAUUGCUCCCAAGGAUGAACCAGACUUGUGGAGGUCUACCAAAAAAAAUGUCUGAGGUCUUGGCUGAUUUCUUUUGAUUUUCCCAUGAUGUCAAGCAAAGAGGCACUGAGUUUGAAGGUGGGCUUUGAAAUACAUCCACAGGUACACCUCCAAUUGACUCAAAUGAUGUCAAUCAGCCUAUCAGAAGCUUCUAAUGCCAUGACAUACUUUUCUGGAAUUUUCCAAGCUGUUUAAAUGCACAGUCAACUGAGUGUAUGUAAACUUUUGACCCACUGGAAUUGCGAUUUACAGUGAAUUACAAGUGAAAUAAUCUGUCUGUAAAACAAUUGUUGUAAAAAUUACUUGUGUCAUUCACAAAGUAGAUGUCCUAACCGACUUGCCAAAACUAUAGUUUGUUAACAAGAAAUUUGUGGAGUUGUUGAAAAACAAGGUUUAAUGACUCCAAACUAAGUGUAUGUAAACUUUCGACUUCAACUUUAUGGUUGCCUGAAUCACAGAGGUUGAAUAUAAACAUUUUGAACACAGAGGAACCAAUGCAGAAAGUAUUUCAGUAAUGGUCUGUGUCAUUAAAAAGCCCAUGCUGCUGUCUGUCUGCUGAGGGAGGACAGGGUGUAUCAACUUCCCCUUUAAACCCAAACACACAGCGUCUGUCAGAACUGGAUGGACAUCUAGUGCAAUUAAACCUUGAUUCCUUUCAGCUCAGCUCUUGGCUCUAUCUCAUUUACUCUCAAUGAGUCACUCUGAAACUGAGCCAAUGCUGAAGAAGACCGAUAUAUCCCCGGCUCAAAUGGAGUAAGGCCUCUCACUCCGUGGGAAAAAGGGAAAGUUGCAUGAAUCCAUUCCUUAUAUUUGCCCAGCUGGGUUACAGAUUUUGGGGGAUUUUGAGUUUAAAUAUAUUUUUUUUAUAUUUUGUUUUAAUCAAAAAGAAGACGGCGGUCAGUGCAUUUUGCUGGUAUCGCCAUAGGAUAUGGCGUGCUGCUUGCCUGUGAAAGAGAAUGUUGAAAGAGAACUUGAGAACGUGCCAGUUGAAGCGAUAGGGAAAUGCCUCGUGGGCAUUGUUAGCUGGAUUCUGACAUUCUUCUCAGAUUUUAUUUGCUCAGAUAUAAUACAUUAGCUUUUUGUCCUCAACAUUUCAAUAAUUUGAGAGUUUGAAUGCCAUAAUCUCAUAAUGUGUAUGGUUACAAGUUGUUUUUCUCGUUCUAAUUUACACACAUACUGUCUAUCAACAUACAUGCACUGUCAACUGGGGCAUGGUGCAAUUAAAUGUAAUUACUGGGUCUCAGAUCAAUAUGAAACUAGAGUUUCCUCCAUUUUUGGAUGAGGGGCCAUUGAGACAAUGUUAUUGGAUGGUUAUGUCCCUUGUUCUCGGAUCUUGGGGUAAAGAACUUCUUCUGAACUGUAUCAAAUGUUAUUUAUUUUUUACCAGUUAUGUACUGGGGCAGCACGUCAAUGUUUGUAACUACAUAUAUUAUUUAAGGAGAUGAAUGGCAUAGAGGUAUUCAUGAUGCACAUUUAUGAGGAAAAGCUUUCAUGAUACAGUGACAUGCAUUUAUAAUCAAUGUUAUAUACCUGCUUUCUCACUGAGCAGUUGAGUAUAGUGCGCACACACACACACGACUUACGUGUACAGUCUUUGGAAAAGAGGGUGUGUCGUACUACAUUAGUAUUUUACUGACUGAAUGACUAUUUAACACAAAGUAGAAUGAUGACAAAUGUUUGUGUGAGGAUAAGGAACUACUUGCAUUGUCCUCAUCCAAAUGAAAAACUUGUGUACUUGAAUUUUGACUGUACUUUCAUUUCUAUGGUGGAUACAAAUAAGCAUAUUUUUAAUGGUCUGUGAAACAAAAUAGGGAACUCAAGUCAUCAUAUUUGGCCUUGUCAUGUUCUCCAGUCUUCUUUUGUGAUGGUUGCCUUUUUAAAAUCAGAUUUUAAUUGCACAGUGAGCUUUUGUUACCGCUUUUCCAAUGGAAUGUCCAAAAUAUGUUCUUUCUACAGUGUUUGUUUUGAUAAGCCCGCCUCAAUGUAAUUUCAACACAUUCAUUCUGAAACGGAUUGCAUCAUUUUAUACAAUUGUGUGGGGUGGAUUAUGGCAAUGAUUGUACAGUAAUAAACUAUUUCUCAGUGAAACGUGUGCCAGUAUAGAGCAGUUUUAACUGAAGCGCUGUACAUUUCCGUUGAACUAAACUGUACAAACCCUGACCAUGUUCUACUAUCGUCUCCUCUCCUUAUCAACUCUCCUCGAUGUUCACUAAUCUGAAAGGAUGGGGGGAAAUAUGGUUACGGAGGGAGGGAUUAUGGAAAGGAAGCUAUGGUAGAGUUUUGGUAUAUUGUCAUAAUGAGAACAUCAGCCCUCCGUACUGUGUGUUGUGGCCAUACAGUCUGUCUAUGGUUGUGGCGGUAUACUCAUGCAUGAUCGUGUUCCUCUCUUCACACACCCUCUAUAAAUGCAUGUGGUAUUGCAUGGAGAUCACUGUAAACAAAUAGCAAAUUUAUUGCAAGCUGUAUUUUUUUUAUUUUUUUUUAUCCUGGACAUAUACAUGAUGUCUAACCCCAUUAGUAUUCUUCUGUACUUGUUGUUCAUUACGUUAUCCAGCGAUGAUGAUUGUGAACAUGUGAAGCAACUGUUGCUAACACCCAGCACAGAAAUAUCCAAUUAGGGAAAUUAUACUUGAUAAUAAUCAGCAUCGUUGCAAUAUGGGCAGUGCAAAUAGACAUGAAUACCUUACGUCUCGCAUUUCAUUGUAAUUGUGUGUUUCUGCAAGUAAUGUUCAUGUUUAUUAGUAAAAACCAAUAGAAAGUACACACCCCUGGUGAUUGUACAAGAUAGGCUUUCAAAAUACUAGUUCUCUCAUUUUGCAAGUUUUUACUGAAUGAAAGAUGGGGAAAUACAGCCUACAGAGAUGAUUCGGUGAACUGAGCCCUGAAUCCUAUAAAUGUAUUCAAGAUGUUCCAAAAAAUGUUUGGGUGAUGGCUAGUGUUUACUUUUGUUGUUGAUCUUUUACAAUACAUGUCAAAUCUGUGAAGAUACGUGUUGCUUUUUAUGAUUUGAAUGUUUUUGUUUUUAUUACAAUGUUCCAAAUGUAAUGAAGAUAUGGGGUCCAAUGUUCACCCAAAGAGAAAAAUAUACUAGAAAACACUCUGCAGCACCCCUGACCUGUUUGUGGAAAGGGAAAGUUUACAUGUUGGCAAAAACAUGAACGUUUUUAAAUUCAAUUCACACUUGUUGUUCUUAAUUUUACACACCUGAUGCCAUUUGCCUGAGUAAAGCAAUAUGCAGCAUUUUAAGUGUCAAUAAAUAUUCAGAAUUAAA